ACACUUUCCACAUAUGGACUGUUUCUUCCAUUUCUACCCUUCUCCUUGAAAAGCUGAGGAAACUAGGUAAAGCCAGAGGUUCCGCUCAGAAAACCAAGAACACUGAAGAACAAAAUUUCCACAGUCCCUCUCGCAAUCCGAAAAUGGCUUUCGCCACGCGCCUGCUUUCCAGAUCCACUCGCCAGUUUUUUGCUUUUGUUUUUUUNCGGCCGGAGUGUGUUGUUCCAUCUCGCGCCUUCGCUAAAGGAGCUGGAAGCGCUCCCCCAGCUUUGAAGGGUGAUGAGUUGUUGAAGGGCAUUUUCCUUGAGGUGAAGAAAAAAUUUGAGACAGCCAUAGGGGUUCUACGGAAAGAGAAGAUCACCAUUGAUCCUGAUAAUCCUGCUGCUGUGGCUGAGUAUGCCAAAGUCAUGAAGAGUGUUCGGGAAAAGGCUGAUCUUUUCUCGGAGUCACAGAGGAUCAAAUACACUAUUGAAUCACGAACCGAAGAUAUACCUGAUGCCCGAUCCUAUUUGCUGGCCUUGAAGGACAUCAGGGUCAAGAGGGGCCUUGUUGAUGAACUAGGUGCAGAGGCUAUGAUGAUGGAUGCACUAGACAAAGUUGAGAAGGAAUUGAAAAAGCCACUUUUGAGAAAUGAUAAAAAGGGAAUGGCCCUCCUUAAGGCUGAGCUUGGCAUUCGUAGAGAAGACCUGCCAAAAUAUGAGGAGCAAUUGGAACUAAAAAUCGCUAAAGCCCAACUGGAGGAGCUGAAGAAGGAUGUUCUUGAAGCCAUGGAAACUCAGAAGAAACGGGAAGAGUUCAAGGAGGAAGAAAUGCCUGAUGUGAAGUCGUUAGACAUCCGAAAUUUCAUCUAAACCUGAAAUUAUGCAACUUAUCUUAUGUACUUGUUUGGCCAUUUAUGCCUGUGCUCUUUGGGAAUCUCCUAUGUUUGGAAGGAGUUAAUUUGCUUCUGACAGAUUGAAGAAUACCAGACACGGGAUGCCUUGUCGUUUCAUUAAUAAUGAUAAUGAUGUCGAAAAUUUGCAUAGAUCAUGCACAUCUUUCUUGUUUGAUGCAGUUUGUCCUGGAACAAGCAAUAAUUAUGCUGUAUUUUGAGCUUGAUAUUCGCCUUGCACAGCUCGCUGAAAUAUGCCGAGUUUUGUUUUUCUUAAAUUUUAUUGGGUGUGCACGAUGCAUUUUCGUGUCUGAUUUAGUUCACUUGUUCAUGUUGAAAGAUUUUCUUUUAGUUUACAAGAUAUAAG